AUGUACAAGGCGUGCGGGCCGAUGGGCUUCUGCAGCAUGUCGGGCAUCGCCGCGGCGGUCGACGCCGCCGUCAAAGAUGGCGUCGACAUCCUGUCCUUGUCCCUUGGGAGCCAGGACCACGACUUCUACAAGGAACCCAUGUCCAUCGCCUUGUUUGGGGCCGUGCGGGCGGGCGUCUUCGUCGCCUGCUCAGCCGGCAACUCUGGCCCGGAAGCAUCCUCGCUGAGCAACGUGGCGCCGUGGAUCACGACGGUCGGCGCUGCCACCAUGGACCGGGUGUUCCCGGCGAGCGUCACGCUCGGGAACGGCCAGGUUCUAACUGGGCAAUCUCUCUACGCCGUCACGGCCAACCGAACAGACUUCAUCCGGCUGUUGCCCAGCGCCUGCACAGACAAGGACCUGGUGCCGGACAGGAUUAUGGGCAAGAUCGUCGUGUGCGCUGGCGAUUUGGGCGCUGAUGCAUCACUCGGCGCUGCGGCGUUCACCCUUCCUGCUGUCAGCCUCGGCGCCCGCGAAGCCGACAAGCUGGCGGCGUACGUCCGCUCGGAGCCUUACCCGGUGGCAUCGUUCCGCUUCACCUGCCGCACGGUCAUCGGCGAGAACCCGGCGCCGAUGGUGUCGUCCUUCUCGUCGCGGGGCCCCAACCACGUCACCCGCGAGAUCCUCAAGCCGGACGUGAUCGCGCCAGGCACCAACAUCCUCGCCGCCUGGCCCGGCGAGUCGCCCCUGACGUACGCCGAGGAGGACCCGAGGCGCGCACGCUUCAACAUCCAGUCAGGCACCUCCAUGUCGUGCCCGCACGUCGCCAGCGCCGCGGCUCUGCUGAAGCACAGGCACCCCGGCUGGACACCGGCCAUGAUCCGGUCGGCGCUGAUGACAACCGCGACAACGCUCGACAACCACGGCAGGCCCAUCGCGGACAACGGCCGCAGAGGUGGCGCCAGCGAUGGCGCGACGCCGUUGGCGGCCGGAGCCGGCCUCGUCCGUCCGCAGCAGGCGCUCGACCCGGGCCUGGUCUACGACGUCGCGGAGCGGGACUACGUCGACUUCCUGUGCACGCUCAACUACACCGCGGCGCAGGUCCGGAUGUUCGUGCCGGGCUUCGCCGGCUGCACGAGGACGCUCCCCGGCGGCAUAGGCGGCCUCAACUACCCGUCGUUCGUCGCGGACCUGAGCAACGGCACCGACAUCCGCGUGCUGUCGCGCACCGUGACCAAAGUUUCGGAGGGUCCCGAGACCUACGCCGUGAAGGUGGUGGCGCCGCGCCAGCUCGUGGAGGUGACCGUGACGCCGGCUACGCUGGAGUUCGGCGGCGAGCCGUACGAAAAGAAGAGCUACACCGUCUUGUUCAGGAACAAGUACAGGACGCCGAGCGCACCUGGCGCGGCGGGGAUGGCGCUGUUCGGCCAGAUCGUGUGGGAGAACGACGUGCAUACGGUGAGGAGCCCCGUUGUGUUCAUGUGGAACAGACGUGAUCAGUGA